AUGACUUCCUAUCCACUCGGGGACGCAUACCAAGACGAAAAGCGAGAUCAGGUUCUUAACGAUCUUGGAAAGGAUUCCUGGUCAUGCGAGACAAAGAAUUACUUAUCCUACGUGAAGUACCUAGCACCCAAAUGGCCUCAUCUUCAACUCCUUGUCGACUUCAUGGAAGUCGGCACGAUUCCCACAAGAUGGUGCAGGUUUCCAGAAGAGAACAAAUACAGAGACCAGAGUCCGCGUUACACAUAUUCAGGAGAAGAAAAAUUGAGGCUUCAUGAGCAGAGUAGUAGAUCUUCCAGAGUGAACGUAGCACUGCUACAGUAUAAGCCAAUGCAAAAGCCAGGUAUAACACGUUUCGAAUCUCAAAAGUCUGGCCUUCUUGCAUCAAAGCAGCUUGAAAGAUCGGCCAAUGAUAUUAAAAUCGCCACCGAAACAGAUCAGUUUAACCUCUUCGCUGUCGAGGAUUUAUCCCGAAACGUGAUCGAAAUCCUAGGCAGCACAUUCGGUAUCGACCCACGUUUCUUCAGAGCUCACAUUACUGAGAAUGUAUGGUACAAUGUCCGAGAUCGGUGGCGUGAUCCAUCACUUCUUGACGUUGACGCACAGCGACGAGACUGGUUUCAGAUGCGCUUCAUGCGCUCUCGAUAUUUUGCCAAUCAAAAGGACCUGCGGCAUGCGGAGAAGGAAACAAACGAUUUCAACAUUAUGCGUCGUAUUAUUGCAGACAACAAUGACACCUUCUGGGAUAAAGAUCCCAGAUUAUGUCGGGAUUGGUGGCCCUGGGGCAGUGGUCGGCGUGAAAUAACGCCUGUUGACGCGAAGGUUGGACUUAUUCGCAGUCGGGCCACAUUCUGGCUUUCUCCAGACCUGCCAGUCGGCGUUCUAUUGCUGGAACCUACCCCCAAAGCCGGGUACCCCCUUUGGCGAGGAUAUGGUAACUGGGAUGACAUUCCACCAUUCGAGAAUCGUCUUUAUGCUCAAAGCUCAAUAUCUCAUGACGAGAUUCCACCUUUACAACGUCGAAAGGAGACGGACCAAAACGAGAGCUGGUUUGAAGAAUAUUUAUACUGGGCCCAAAGAUCAGUUCCUGUUGUUAAAUCACCAGACACUAUAGAGGGCAAACUACGCAGUGUACCUAUCCAGUCUCUCUUACACCUUAUAUGCGGAGAUUGGCUCAUUUUUGCCGAGUAUCUCAACACCCGCCUCAACCAGAUCGACUGGGCCAUCGUGAGGCCCUCUUUCUUUCCGAAAGCCGAGACCGACACUCGGCAGCAAAGUCUCGAUAAACUACACUUUUGGCGAAGAACGACCCCCCAAGCCCGGGACAUGCUGAACAACUGUAUACGGCAGACCUUCACGUUUACAAAGCCGGGGAUGGCACAACUUACUGAACCUUACGAGUAUGACUAUAAAGCAGUGGCAGAACGGCUAAACGAACACGAGCAUCGCAUUGAUCGCUUGAGCAGUGCUGUCAACUCUGCGAUUAGUCUUGAUGAUGCCAAAAGUACUUCGAACUUGACGGUUCUGGCAUCUAUCUUCAUACCACCGAGUUUGAUAGCGACGUUGCUAUCUAUGAACACUGAUCCGUUGGUUCAACUCUUCCCUGCGCUGAAGUGGUGGGCCAUUGUUUCGACUACAGUGGCAACUGUUAUCGUCGGAGUGCUGUUGGGAUUAGGCUCCGUGCAUGGGUGGGUUAUGAAAGUAAAGUCAUUAUUACCAAAGUUAUCAUUUCCUACGCCUGAGACUAUUAUUGCGGUGGGAAAUAAGAAACAGAAGUGGAAAACGAAUAGCAUGGUGUAA